UACAUUUCAGUCACGCAGCUUUGCUCAGAUUUGAGAUGAAGCAUGGAGGAGAUGUGUGUGUGUUUUUUUCCUGUCGCAAAUCGUAUCAGUAAUUGAAAAAAAAAAACAACAUAAUCGCGUUUGGCAUCGGUGCCGUUGCUUUAUCCCUUCUGAUUUAACAUUGCGGGAUUAAUUCUUGGAAAAAUAGCCUCCUGAGCGCCUUAUUUUGGAUAAUCUGCAUUGCUUGCAUCCGAUCGAGCGACUGCGCCUCGACACGAGUAGCGCACCGCAUCCGAUAGAAAUCAACAAUCCGCUGCGGGACGUUUAAUGUUUUUACACCCGUCCGUUUGCGAAAUAUAUAAAGAUUUAGGAAUAAUUUAAGGCAGAUCAGGAAUACAGGGCCACUAAUGCUUUGCAAUUGAGGUCACAAUUACGAUGCUUAUCGACAACAGCAACGAUGCUGCGGUAUGAGAGCUGUAAAAUAGCCUAGAAAGGUGACGGACAAUGUCCUGUCCAGCGGGUACAAGGCAGAGGCGCUCCUGGUCCUGAAUGCAGCGGAGAGAGACACCUAAGCGGGUGUCACCGUCAACCCUGGAUGCUGCGCCGAAGAAUGGCAUACUCCGACCCAUCGUCGGGCAAAGAUAUACUCGGCAAUAGAUCUCUUUGUUUUAUAUUCAUUUGCGCAUUUGGACUCGUCACACUAUUGCAACAGAUUCUCUAUGGAAAAAACUACAUUAAGAGUGCGCAACAGUUUAGCCGACUCAAAGGGGACGAGACAGGAAAUUGGACCGGUCCUGUUAAUUUCUCGGAUGAUGGAUCUCUGAAGCCUGCCAGAAAUGGAAGGAAAAGAUGUUUCCGUCAGAAUUUUCAGCCAGAUUCACAGAUCUCCGUAAUAGUCACACCGUGCCUAGCCGAUAUUAAGAAGAAAAAAAAACGCCCUCAAAGGUAUCUGGAAAACUAUGAUGGCUCCUUUGAAUACAACUCCACUGCAUGCAGGGAGCUCAGACAGGAGAUUAUGGACGUCAAAGUCCUGACAAUAAACAUUAAUCGGAAAAAACAUGGCCAUGGCUAUCCUUCCUCAUUCCACAAGUCUCUCUGCCUGUCUGCCAGGGUGAAAACCUCAGAGCUGUUUGAGAGAUGGCGAAACCUGCAGGUGUGUAGAUGGGAGCAGAACAAGGAGGAAACCAGCAACUUCAAGAUGUCUCUGUCUCGCUGCUGUAAUGCUCCUUCGUUUCUAUUCACCACCAAGAGGAACACUCCUGCAGGGACCAAGCUGAGGUACGAGGUGGACACCAGUGGUAUCCUUCCUAUCACCUCUGAAGUCUUCAAAAUGUUCCCAGAUGAUAUGCCGUAUUCCAAAUCACAGUACAAGAAAUGUGCUGUUAUUGGAAAUGGCGGCAUCAUCAAGAACAGCAAAUGUGGAAAGGAAAUUGACUCAGCAGAUUUUGUGUUUAGGUGCAACAUACCACCCAUUAGUGAGAAGUACACAGCUGAUGUUGGGACUAAAACAGAUCUGGUGACAAUAAAUCCGAGCAUUAUUACUGAGAGAUUUCAGAAGCUGGAGAAAUGGCGGCGCCCGUUUUACGAAGUCCUCCAGAAUUACGAGAACUCCUCAGUGGUGCUUCCCGCUUUCUACAACACCCGCAACACCGAUGUAUCUUUCAGAGUCAAGUACAUGCUGGACGACUUCGACUCCCAGAGAGGCGUGUUUUUCUUCCACCCGCAGUACCUGCUCAACGUGCAGCGUUUCUGGGCGGUUCAGGGCGUCCGGGCCAAACGGCUCAGCAGCGGCCUGAUGCUCGUGACCGCCGCCUUAGAGAUGUGUGAGGAGGUCCACCUCUACGGUUUCUGGGCGUUUCCCAUGAACCCCUCUGGCAUCUUCAUCACUCACCAUUACUAUGACAACGUCAAACCGCGACCGGGCUUCCACGCGAUGCCCCAUGAAAUUUUCAACUUCAUUCACAUGCAUACUCGUGGGAUCAUCAACGUACACACGGGGCAGUGCACGUGAUCUCCCACUCAAGCUCAAUAUUUUACAUUUUAGUUUGUUUACUUUAAAUCAGGUUUAUCUGUUGUGUUUUAUUUCAAUGACACACUAUUUAAAAAGAGAGUUGGCCCUCAGAGCGUACACUUCUUUGCUCUCACUAGUCCAACGACACGUUGAGGGUUGCUUGCUUUAAUUGCCAACAUACUUCUCUUUUCGAUGUGUACCAUAAGUUGUUUCUUUAGCCAAUCAAAUCACUAUGGUUAUCUCUGACUUUCUAAUCACAGGAUGCUUGUUUUUAAUGUGAAAAGUGGUCUUCAUAGUGAUGUUGUUUCUGUGAAGUUUUCUAGUGGCUCUGCUGUACAGAGGUGUUGUUUUCUACUCAACGUUGCACAGAUAUUUACGCUGAAAUGGGCCGCAGUGGGUGUCCAUGUGCCCCCUCAUACCCCCCUCUCUUUUCUCUUUAUCUCGGACACUCUGUGGGUGUGGCAGCUUUUAAUGUUUCUGUUAAACAAAACCGGAACCUUGAUAUUAAGCUAAAAAAGAUGAAAAAAAAGAUAAAGUAUAACAUCCAAUUGUCUACUUUUGUAAUCUAUUUCCUAUUCACCAGAUUCACUGAGUGAAUAUUUUAAAAACAAUAUUAAAGUGGCCUGUUUUCAGUGGCCUACCUCCUCCCAUUUAAAACAUUUCCUCCAACAUUUCUGGUGAUUAAUAAGAGUGUAUGAGAAGAGGCAAGAAGAGGAGAUUUUUGACAAAAGCCAGAUGAAUAUUUUACAAUGACAACACCUCAGCAAAACUUUGACUUUCGAGGCUAUCCAAUUUAUAAAGCAACAUAGCUCUGUUGAGCGACCCAGCCUCUCGUUGUCAUUCAUGUCUUAAGCCAUGCUGCCUUAUGAGAUAUCAAACCCCUCUACGUGAUAUGCAAUGCACCCAUGUGUUUUGCUUAUCCACAAAUACAUUAACAUCAAACUAAAUCUUAGUUUGUCUCUUGAAUCAAAGGACAUUUAAGACAUUCUAAGAUAGAAAUUAGAAAUUCAUGUGCAGUUCUCAGCUUAUAUUCUAUUGGAAUUAGCAAAGUCUUUCUCCCUGUAAACUCCACUCAUAAUCAUGUAAUGCUCUGCAUGACUUUAAUCUAUACUUGGCUUUGUGUGUGCCUGCUUCAAUGACCACUGAAAUAUGUUUACACUUAAGCCUCGACUGAAGUUCACAGUGCUUUGGAUCUUUUCACAGAAAGAUGAAUGGAUUCGUUGGACGUGAGUUGUAUAAUAGUAGGUUCAGUUCUCAUUGAUUAUAGAUGCAAGAAUGAAGAUGGUUGCUGCCCUUUUGUGAAAUGCUACAACAUUUUUUAUUACUACUGUAUUAUUUCACCUUUCCCUUUAAACUGUGAACAUUUGGUUUGUAUUUAAGCACUGGAAAGCUUUGUGGGUUUUCACCAUUUAUUUUGUUGUACACUGCGAACGGUUUUAAGAGACUGUAAAUUAACUCCUCCGUUCAUGUUCAGCUGUCCUUUGUAUUUAAACGACAUCAUUGCUAAGAUUUAAGAUUUAAACAAGCUGUUUCUUUCAUCACUUAUUCUCUUUGUGUAUUUAUACAAAAGAGAUAGGAUUUUAGCAAAUAUGAACACCAAAAAAACUUUGGCUUGACCACUAAAUUGUUGUACAGACACAACUGAAUCACAACAGAAUGGAAAAGGAAGGGAACUGGUCUGUGUACUGACUGGAGGUAAUAUACAGUAUAACACAGUGCUUCUUAACUGACUCUGGAUCAUUCUUUAUACUGGUAUUGUGUUUGUAAAUAAACUUGUUUGGAUUUUCUCA